AUGGCUCUAGAAUUUGAUUUUGUCGUCGUUGGUGGCGGCACGGCGGGGUGUCUUCUUGCGUCACGUCUUGCAAACACAGAAACAAAGCCCAAAGUUGUGCUCUUGGAAGGUGGCAGCGAUAUCAACAAGCCAGAGUACAGAAGGACCGCAGAGCGAUUCAGCGUCAUCGCCCAACCUGGCCUUGACUAUGGCUAUGUCUCGACACCUCAAAAACAUGCGAGGAAUAGGGAGGUGCCUCAGCCUCGAGGUAAGGGUCUAGGUGGCUCGAGUGCAACGAACUUCCAAGUUUGGUCUCUAGGAGCCAAAGAGGAAUUUGACAAGUGGGCGGCACUUGCAGGUGAUGACUCCUGGGCGUUUGGGUCUGUGUUAGAGCGAGUGAAGCAGCUGGAAAAUCUACACCUUGAUGGUCUUUCUGCCGAUUGGGAGGAGUAUGUUAAGCCUGACCCCAAGAACCAUGGAUUUUCAGGCCCAAUCGAUGUUUCCAUCGGCCACGUGGAAAAGGAGACAAGAUCUUUCAUCAAUGCAGGGUCUGAACUGGGCCACAAACGAAACCUUGAUCCCAAUGAUGGCGAUCCUAUUGGCUUCUCUUUGAAUCCCACAACAAGUCUGAAUGGUGUACGCACUACUGGUGCAUCUGCAUUUCUGGUUAAGGACCGACCCGACAACUUGACUGUUUUCACGGAGAGUCGUGUCGUCAAGAUUGUCUUUCAAGGCGACCGAGCAGUGGGAGUUCUCAGAGAAGAUGGAUCUAUGAUCACCGCAAAAAAGGAGGUCAUUCUGUCUGCUGGUGCCCUGGACAGCCCUCGACUUAUGCUACUCUCGGGCAUUGGUCCACGAUCAGACCUCGAAGCGCUUGGCAUUAAGGUCGUCAAGGAUCUCGACGGAGUUGGAAAGUCGUUCACGGAUCAUCCCAUGAUUGUGACUUGUUUUCAAAUGAGGCCUGGGUUCACCGAUCGAAUGGAACUUGUUGACCCGGCGAAAUAUCGGGAGGCCAUUAAACAACUUGCGGAAUCUGGAAAUGGGCCGCUACUGAGUCAUUUCUCCUCUGUUCCCCACGCCUUUCUUAAGAACCUUCGAGCGUACAAAUCCCCGGAGUUUCAACAUCUUUCCAACGAGGUCCAAAAUUUCCUGCUGCACCCUAGAGUGCCCAGCUACGAGAUUGUUAUCGGACCAUUAAUCCCCCCUAAUCACGUAUUUGAGAAGCCAGAUGAUGGCUUCUUCUCAGUUUUCGUGGCCAAUAUGAACUCUGUUUCACAAGGGCAGAUUAGGCUGUCGUCGUCGGAUCCAAAGGAUGCAGCACUCGUCGAUCCGGGAUAUCUUAGCAACCCUUACGACCUUGUCAAUUUGCGGGAAGCUUUGAGAGAGGGGUUGAAUCUGAUGAAGACGCCUGAAAUGAAGACUCAUUUUGUCAGACCUAUAUUCGCUCCCAAGUCUGAUAGCGAUGAAGACAUUGUUGACUUCAUUGAGGAGAAUGUAGCUGGUCUGUUCCACCCUGCGUGUAGUUUGAAGAUGGGCAAAGACGAAGGAGAUGGGAGCUGUGUGAAUGGCGACUUGAAGGUUCAUGGCCUAAAAGGCCUCAGAGUCGCGGACUUAAGUGUACCUUCAACUCUACCCAGUGGCCAUCCUCAGAUUGUUGCAUACGUCAUCGGUCAGAUUGCUGCGGAAAAGAUUCGGGACGAGCAUGGGCUGUGA